AUGCUCAAUACUGUUCUGAUUAUGCUUCUUGUGCCUACAGCGGGGCUAGGUGCGAGAUACAACUCGCAUCUUGUGAAAGGAUGGUCAAACUCUGAUUGUGUUCGGCCUUGGCAACAAGCACAAAUGAGUAAACCUACUUUGAGAAUACCAUCGAGAGCUAUUGAAUGUCAUCCAGAUGAUCAUAACUGUCCGGCAGGAAGAAAUCCGGUGUGUCAAUACUCAUUACGCAGUCAGAAAUACGUCUGCUGUGAAGACAAGAAGGAUGCCGAUAUUCCGACGUGCCCGAAGUACUACGAGACUCUUUUGUUACCAUGCGGCAAUUCAGUUGAAUCACAAUGUCCACGAGGUUAUCGUUGCCUGGGCAGUCUUGGGGAUGAUUCCAUCAAACUUUGCUGUAAACCAAAUAGAACAUUAGAGUACAGAGAACCAGAACACACUUUCCGAGAGAAUCGAAUUGUUCCACGGCUUCUCCCAAUUGCUCCUGCUUAUGAACUCAUUGCCACAUUCAGUGACGAACAAAUUACGAUGGGACAACUUUUCGAUGCUUCAAUUAUAGAUAAGCUCGCUGAUCCACCAAUAAUGUCUGCUGGAGUUGAGUUACAAGAUGAAAAACUCUACACAAUCAUUUUAGCAGAUGCAACAUCCAAGGCUGUCACUUGGCUGGUUGCAAACAUUGCUGCCUUUGAUGGACAACUUGAAAUUCACAGAAGAACUAAAUCUGCAGUUUCUUACCAGCCACCAGAUUCUACUGAUAAACCUGUCGGCAUGCACACUAUGAUUCUGGCUUUGUUUGAACAGCACGACACUUGGACGCAGAAGGAUCUAGCCAGAAUAGCAAUGGAUGACUUUCACUUCGGUGAAUGGCUCGAAGAAUACGCGCACGUGCUACCAGGACAGCCACUUGCAGCAACAUUCUACGGGUUUUCUACAAAGAACGAUGAUAGAAAGAGGAUUUGA